AUGCUGGCUGUGCAUCCUGGGGAAGGAGGAAACGAACUCUCACAACAAAGUACACCACUAGAGUGUUUGCAGAUCGAAGGAGGACCCUUGUUAGCGCCAUCCUUCGCUACAGUUCGCGAGGUACCACGUCGAUCCCAACCGCCAUCUCCACCGCGUCGCUUCGAGGUGCGGCCGCUCACGCAACUGCAACGUGCUUCCUGUCGUUUUGACCCUACUAUACACUUGUAUGCGACAUUCAGCAGAAAAACAGGAGUGAAAACUGCUUCUUUUCAGACGUAG